CAUCGUAAGGAAGCAAAAAACCACAUUUCCCUCGGUGGAACCAGAUAAAGCUUCCGAUCAAGGAUCUGGGAAAGCAGAAGUCAGACGAGAAGAUUAACGUUAACAGUUGUUUUAAUGUUGAAAAUACAUCGUUUUGAAGACUGCUGAGCAUCGCAGUGAACCUCUGACCAGCUGUCCUCCCUGACCCUGUCCACAACCAUGGCGAUCCUGUUUGCAGUGGUUGCCCGCGGCAGCACCAUCCUGGCGAAGCAUGCGUGGUGUGGCGGUAAUUUCCUGGAGGUGACAGAACAGAUCCUAGCUAAGAUACCAUCCGAGAACAACAAGCUCACCUACAGCCAUGGCAGCUAUCUCUUCCACUACAUCUGCCAUGACAGAAUCAUAUAUCUCUGCAUCACUGACGACGACUAUGAACGGUCACGUGCGUUCAGCUUCCUGGGAGAGGUGAAGAAGCGUUUCCAGACGACCUAUGGUUCCAGAGCUCAGACAGCCCUUCCCUACGCAAUGAACUCAGAGUUCUCCUCCACUCUGAUGGCUCAGAUGAAGCACCAUUCCUCUCCUCCAUCAGAUCGCCUGGCUGAGACUCAGAUGCAGGUUGAUGACCUGAAAGGCAUCAUGGUACGCAACAUCGACUUGGUGGCUCAGAGGGGAGAGAAGUUAGAGUUGCUGAUUGAUAAAACGGAGAACCUGGUCGGCUCAUCUGUGAGUUUUAAGACCACCAGCCGUAACCUGGCCAGAGCCAUGUGUAUGAAGAACCUCAAACUGACUGUCGUUGUAGUGGUGGUGUCACUGGUGGUCCUGUAUGUAGUUGUGUCUGCAGCCUGCGGAGGACUCAGCUGGCCCAACUGCAUCAGGAAAUAAGAGAGGGGGAGGACGAGGAGAGAGGGGGGAAAAUGGGGAGCAAGAGAAGACGACAGCGGACCCACAAAGAAAGAAAUUGCUCUCCUCCCUCUUGACUUCCAGUCAGCGGGGAGGAGAGGUCCUCUAUUGGACAGAAUGGUGACGCAACAAGGCAUCCAGACAGUGGAGAUUUAACAACAUUGUGAUUGUCUUGCUUUCUGUUCCUUAACAAGAGAAUGAGGUGUGUUUAUCUGUCCAAAGACAAGCGAUUGUUGGAAAUGCAGCUUUAAAAUAUUGUGCAAGUGGAAUUCAGUCCACUGUCCAGCUGUCCUCCAUACUGUUCUCCAGUCCAUGGCCCUCUCAUCCAGGGCUCUACAAGCCUAGCAAACAGCUGUUCUCCAGUCCAUGGCCCUCUCAUCCAGGGCUCUACAAGCCUAGAAAACAGACUGAUAAUCUGGAGUAGGGUUUACCAAAUGUUUUUACCCUGGGGCCCCCUUCCAGCAUUGGAGAACAUCCCACGCCUCCCCCGGCAUGCACACCAUGUCUAUUUCUAUUGGUACAGCACUGUUCACACCCCUCUUGUUGCUGGAGAGGACAUGUUGCAGGUUUUUAAGCUUAUUUCCUGCAAUUGUACACAUUUUGUCAUGGGGUGCAAAAUAAAUGUUUCAGUUUUAAAGCAACAUUUUUUUGCAAUUCUAUACAUUUUGCCAUGUCUAAUGUGUAUUGGGCUAAAAAAAACUAUGGACUAAAAAAACUAACUUAAAAGACGUUAGCUGAUCUGAACAUGUCUGACCAGUAUUUAACAUCUCUGUAGGGUCGUUAGCUGAUCUGGACAUGUCUGACCAGUAUUUAACAUCUCUGUAGGGUCGUUAGCUGAUCUGGACAUGUCUGACCAGUAUUUAACAUCUCUGUAGGGUCGUUAGCUGAUCUGGACAUGUCUGACCAGUAUUUAACAUCUCUGUAGGGUCGUUAGCUGAUCUGGACAUGUCUGACCAGUAUUUAACAUCUCUGUAGGGUCGUUAGCUGAUCUGGACAUGUCUGACCAGUAUUUAACAUGUCUGACCAGUAUUUAACAUCUCUGUAGGGUCGUUAGCUGAUCUGAACAUGUCUGACCAGUAUUUAACAUCUCUGUAGGGUCGUUAGCUGAUCUGGACAUGUCUGACCAGUAUUUAACAUCUCUGUAGGGUCGUUAGCUGAUCUGAACAUGUUUGACCAGUAUUUAACAUCUCUGUAGGGUCGUUAGCUGAUCUGAACAUGUCUGACCAGUAUUUAACAUCUCUGUAGGGU